GCGCGGCGGCGGCGGCGGCGGGGCCCGGGUGGGGGCCGGGGCGGGGGCGGGCGGCGCGGGGGCGGCAUGAGGGCCCGCGGCCCGCGGGGCUGAGGCGCCCGCCGCCUGCCGCCGGGGCCGCGCGCGUCCUCCAUGGAGGCCGGAGAGGAGCCGCUGCUGCUGGCUGAGCUCAAGCCCGGGCGCCCCCACCAGUUCGACUGGAAGUCGAGCUGUGAGACCUGGAGCGUCGCCUUCUCCCCAGACGGCUCGUGGUUUGCUUGGUCUCAAGGACACUGCAUUGUCAAGCUGAUCCCCUGGCCACUGGAGGAGCAGUUCAUCCCCAAAGGCUUUGAAGCCAAAAACCGAAGCAGCAAAAAUGAUCCAAAAGGGCGAGGCAGCCCAAAGGAGAAGACCCUGGACUGCGGUCAGAUUGUCUGGGGGUUGGCCUUCAGCCCAUGGCCUUCUCCACCCAGCAGGAAGCUCUGGGCACGCCACCAUCCCCAAGGACCAGAUGUCUCCUGCCUGAUCCUAGCUACGGGACUCAAUGAUGGGCAGAUCAAAAUUUGGGAGGUGCAGACAGGGCUCCUGCUUUUGAAUCUUUCUGGCCACCAGGACGUCGUGAGAGAUCUGAGCUUCACACCCAGUGGCAGCUUGAUUUUGGUCUCUGCGUCACGGGACAAGACUCUUCGCAUCUGGGACCUGAAUAAACAUGGUAAACAGAUUCAGGUGUUAUCGGGCCACCUGCAGUGGGUUUACUGCUGCUCCAUCUCGCCAGACUGCAGCAUGCUGUGCUCUGCAGCUGGAGAGAAAUCUGUCUUUCUAUGGAGCAUGCGGUCAUACACGCUAAUCCGGAAGCUAGAAGGCCACCAAAGCAGUGUUGUCUCUUGUGACUUCUCCCCUGACUCCGCCUUGCUUGUCACGGCUUCUUACGACACCAAUGUGAUUAUGUGGGACCCCUACACUGGCGAAAGGCUGAGGUCACUUCACCACGCCCAGCUCGACCCCCCCAUGGAUGACAGUGAUGUCCACAUCAGCUCACUGAGGUCGGUAUGCUUCUCUCCAGAAGGCUUGUACCUUGCCACGGUGGCAGAUGACAGACUCCUCAGGAUCUGGGCCCUGGAACUGAAAACUCCAAUUGCAUUUGCUCCUAUGACCAAUGGUCUUUGCUGCACAUUUUUUCCACAUGGUGGAAUUAUUGCCACAGGGACAAGAGAUGGCCAUGUCCAGUUCUGGACAGCUCCUAGGGUUCUAUCAUCAUUGAAGCACUUAUGCCGGAAAGCCCUUCGAAGUUUCCUGACAACUUACCAAGUCCUAGCACUGCCAAUACCCAAGAAAAUGAAAGAGUUUCUCACAUACAGGACUUUAUAAGCAAUGCUAUAUGGAGUCUUGUUUUCUUUGUAGCAUGAUAAACCUUCCUAACAAGAGUAGCUGGAAUAAUGGGCCAAACGUCUGGUCUUGGAUUGAAAUAUAAUUUCUAUUUGGGAUUGUGAAUAGAAUGUAGCAAAACCAGAUUCCAAUGGACUAGUCACGGAUCUUUUUCUCUAUAACAUGUGAAAGUCAGUCUUAGAGGUGAUCCACUUCCACAGCUCCCAAGCCUUACCUUAAAAACAGCAAUGUUGAAUUCUUUCUAGUCAUUUUGAUUGAAAGUGCAGUUAUUGAUGUUGUUUUGAUAAUAAAAGUGACCAGGCCUCAAGAGCCUCUCUUGAGUGGCAGCGAAGGUUAAUCUCCCUCCACUGGGAAAUGUGACUUCUGCCUAAUCCCUGUCAUUGUGGUGAUUUCCACAUGCAGAGGUGGCCUUGUUUAAAGGUCUCGCCUGCUGUGGUCAGAGUUGCUCCGAUGCCGGCAAAUGCUGUCCUUUCUCUGGCCAGGGGAUAGUCUCUGUGGGGCCAUUAGGAAUGAGGGAUUACCGUCGCUUAACUCAAUUACAGGUGAAUCAGGAGGCAUGUUCUUGACUGGUGGACACUCGUUGGCUCUUUUGUUCUUUAACAGUGGUGUGCGUGUGCACGAGAUGACACGUGUGUAUGUGCGAUUACAAAGGGAUGUAUUCCUAAACUGCAUGGCUGUUCAAAUGGCUACAGAGCUUUCUGUUUUUGCCAUUAAUUAGCAUAUUUAUUUGUAUUUUCUCAACAGAUGUUAAGGUACAAACUGUGUUUUUCUCAAUGGUGUCUAAAAAUCAUAGUACUUCAGUGGAACAGUUGUGAGGCUGUCUCUUAAUUGUGUAAAUUGGUGGUGUCGCCACUUCAGCGGAUUUUCUUAUGUAUGAGAGCUGUCUUUGCUGCUUAACCUCAUUGGCCUCAUCAGCCAGUUUCAACUCUGUCCCCUAAACAAAAAUAGCUCCUUGAAAGCACCAUUCUCCCUCAGUGGUGCAUCAGUUAUCCAGUCAGCACACCUCAUUCCAACAAAAUCUGCCUUAGGAAAAUUUAAUAUAUUUUAAAUUAUUUUAAAAGAAAUGUAACAGCUUAUCCUUCGGCUUUCUUAAUGGAGGCCAGUGUGACGUUAUACAAUUUGUUGAGAAACAGAGGACUUUUCUACCAUAAGCUUUGUUGUUGAAGAAAAAUAUUUCUUUUCAAAAUGAGGGGCUUUCAUUGAAGGGGGAAAAAAAAAACAGUAAAAAGCUUUUGGCUUUCUGUUUCAUUUUUUCCACUAAGAAAAAAAAUCACAUCUUAAGACAAGUACAACAGGACAACUGGGAAUGAAUUAGCCAACUUUUUAAUUUUAUGGUUCUCUUAUAAUAUCCCAUGUGGCAGAGCCUGAGACCCUGGGUGCUGCCCAAGGCACUGCUUGGCCAUUAGCCUUCAAGCUCCUGCUGGUACCCCCAGGGAGCAGGUCAAGUCUCACACUCCUGAUAGAAACAGCCACCUUUUCCCUUUCAAUGGUGUAAGAAUUGGGCACCUUUAUAAAGAGCAGCCCCUUAAGAAAAGUGUAUUCUUUGAUAUCAGAGAUGGAGAAGGCUUUAAUAAUGUAAAUGAAGGUACAGAAGCAUCUUCGUAACUGGCUAAGGAAAGAAAAGUCACUUAUAACAGCCAAUAAGCAAGCUGCUUUUUUUUUUUUAAACUGUGAAGAACACUAACAUAAAUGAAGCAGAAUUGCUGUAAAACAAGCUGCUAAAUUUGUACAAAAAUCCCAAUCCUUUCGAGCAGUUGUACAGUCAGGCUUAAUCUCACCUGGCCUCCACUAACAAGUGAGCUUUGUACAACCACUGGUCCCCAGUGGCAGAUUUAAAGGCUAAGCUCUGUUAUUUAAAAUUAAACUUUUUCUACCAUCCACACCACAAUUAGAAAGCUGCUGGUAACCCUUCUACUUCAAGAGAAAUAAAAAGUCCAAUUUUUAAAGUAA